AGGGUUUGACAAAUACGCAAUGUGUGUUAUUUUAUACCGUGGCGUUCCCGUGAGCUCCCUGCGGUACCGGGCGGUUGUGCGUCGCCCCGCCGUUGUUAUCCAGGCAGGAUUGUUAUCGCAUGACAACAGAGUGGAGUGGGACUGCGAACUCGGCAGCGCGGAGCGGGCGGCUAGCUGGGCUUGCAAAAUUACGGUCAUGGCGAGAAAGUAACAAGAAUCACAGAUGGCCGGUGAGAGGUGAUUCUAGUCUCAGCUAAAUCGGGAGCAAAGACUGCUGCAGUCUGCUCUCAGGUGUGGAGACCCUUGAACCCUUGAAAGAGCGUGACACUAUGAGGAUCCAGAAGGAUCCAAUCCAGAAGGAAGUGCUCUUUUCUUUGGAGGUGCUUCGGCCUUUAGACUGAUCCCAGAAUGCCGUUGGUGAAGAGGAACAUUGAGCCCAGGCACCUGUGUCACACAGUGUUGCCUAAAGGCAUUAAGAAUGAGCUGGAAUGCGUGACCAACGUCUCCUUGUCAAAUAUUAUACGGCAGCUCAGCAGCCUGAGCAAGUAUGCAGAGGAUUUGUUUGGGGAGUUGUUCAAUGAAGCACAUUCGUUCUCCUUCCGGGUGAACUCCCUGCAGGAGCGCGUAGACCGCCUUUCCAUCAGUGUCACCCAGUUGGACCCCAAGGAGGAGGAACUUUCCUUGCAGGACAUCACCAUGAGGAAGGCCUUUCGUAGUUCCACCACCCAGGACCAGCAGCUGUUUGAUCGUAGCACACUACCCAUUCCUUUACAGGAGACCUACGAUCUGUGUGAACAGCCUCCUCCGCUCAACAUACUGACUCCUUACAGGGAUGAUGGGAAGGAAGGUUUGAAGUUCUACACAAAUCCAUCAUAUUUCUUUGACCUGUGGAGAGAGAAAAUGCUACAGGACACCGAGGACAAGAGAAAAGAGAAGAGAAAACAAAAGCAGCUGGAAAUGCCAUUUCACGUUACAUCCCAGGGCUUUAACUGUGUCACCACAGAGCCCACCCACAACCUGCAGGAGCUGAAGAAUAUCGAUCGUCCUCAGGAGCCCGAGAAAGUGCCCAGGGCUCCCCAUGACCGACGUAAAGAGUGGCAGAAGCUCGCCCUGGGCCCAGAGCUGGCCGAGGAUGAACCGGACAACGUGCACAAACACAAGGACAUCGCCAAUGGCUCGGCGACAUACUGCGAUGCAAGGCAGCCUGUUUAUCUGGAUCAUAUAGACGGUCCCUUUUCGCUGGCAGCCCUGCCAUACAGUCAAAUGAACGAGCUGCUGAACAGAACCAGCGACAGGAUGUACGUCCGGCCGCACGAGCCUCCCCCGCCUCCCCCGCUGCACGCCGUUGGAGACCUCAAGGCACCCUCCGUCAUCAGCUCCAGCUCAGGGUUGACAGACAGCCGUCCUCAGUCCCCAGCCAGGACGCCAGUGUUCCUCAACCCCACUGCUCCUCCCCCACCGCCACCACCCUUGCCCCCUCCCCCACCUCCCUUACCCUCCACAAUGCCCGGGUCAGGACUGCGAGCCACCCCACCUCCCCCUGUGCCGCCCCCUCCUCCGAUACAGCCCCCUGCUAUCCCCCCUCCUCCGGCACCCCUCCAAAUUGCCCCUGGUGUCCUGCACCCGGCCCCUCCACCAGUCGCCCCUCCUCUGGCCCAGCCUGCCUCCCCUGCCCGUGCUCCACAUGUCCCCGAAAGGCCCCCCCCUGCUUCUCAGACAGAGAGCCUGAUCCUGCCCCCACCUCCCCCUCCUCCUCCCCUGCCUCUCCCUGGACUCAGGACCUCCUCCCCCUGCCCUACACCCCCUCCUCCUGGCCCACCCCCUGUGCCUUCCUUCCUGUCAGGUGCUACCCCUACCCCCCUGGCGCACAUGGGGCAUGGUCCCGACACCAAGCGGCACCCCUCCAACCUGCCAGUCAUCAGCGACGCCAGGAGUGUCCUUCUGGAAGCAAUACGCAAAGGGAUCCAGCUCCGCAAGGUGGAGGAGCAGCGAGAGCAGGAGGCGAAGCACGAGCGCGUGGGAAACGACGUGGCCACCAUCUUGUCGCGGCGCAUCGCGGUGGAGUACAGCGACUCCGAGGAUGACUCCGAGUUCGAUGAGGUGGACUGGCUGGAGUGACGCGUCGGGAAGGAUGCUUAGUUUUUUUUAUUCUUUAUCGAUAAGUGCUGUCCUCAUUUGUGGUACUUGUUCAAGGGAUAAAACCAGAUUUCAUGGUCAUUUUCCAAGUGUUUUUGCAACUGUUUUGUACUCAGUUUCUACACUACAUCUUUAAUUUUAUUUUAAAUAUAGUAGUCUUCUGGUGUACAGUUAAACUACCAAAUUGCGUUUUAAUUUUCCCCAUUGACUUGAGGAGAACAAUGAAACAAGAACCCAGCCACUCUUUUGGAACUUGCCAUUGAGUAUUAUAUAGGAGGCGGUAUAUCCUUUUAUCUCCUAACUUCAGUUCUUAGACAAAGUUGCCACCUUCUGGUUGGAAACAGAACUGAGGAACUACUGUAAUUUUUCAUUUUAACUGUAAUUUUUAAUCUUUUUUUAAUACUACCAGUUUCUAAAGACUAAUCACUUCUGGUUCAAGCCAAAUCAAGUGAUUAUAGUUGCUGAGUAUUUCGCAUGAGCAGCUAACACACAAUGCAUUAAUUGGUUGUUCCAUUGUUUGCACACGUUGUGAGUACUGACUUGAAGUUGUUUUAAAACUACAAGACUGGAGGCAGCUUUUUAUUACAGUGCUACACCACAUCUGCUGAGCAGUAUGAGCCUUAUACACUUUGUGGUGGGUCUCAUGCCUUUCCUUGCAGUAAGAAGUGGAAACUGUUUAGAAACAAAACUGAAGAAGGAUCUUUUUACUUUCCACUGCCUGUGUUCAAAAUAAAUGUUAUUUUUUUUCCAUAUACUAUGCCUUAUUAUUGUUUGGAUUUUUUUCUAAUAUGCAUUUUUUGUUCAUGAAUGUACUGUGGUGUACUACUUUGCCUGCACUCUUAAGGACUAGCUGUUUCUAUGUGAAAAGACCUGAUUUAAAUACUGUAUACUGUGUAACUUAUGGUACUGUUUAUUGUAACAGUUUUUGCUUGAAUUAAUAAAAGCUAAUAUUAUGUUAAAA